GCCAAUGUCUUCCUUUUAAAAAAAAGAAUUGAUAGUAUGCCGUCAGUGGGGUGAUCACUUUUGACCCCGCCACUCGGACAGAAAACAGUCGUGAGUCAACAGCUUUAACCUCAAUUCAACCCUAGUAUUACAAGUUUGUAAUUGGUACAAUUUCAACUUUACAUAACUGCAAUUUACAUAGAGCAUAUACGAAAAAUGAAGGCAGACGAGCUAGUCGCCGUUUCAACCUCUUUAGGAGGAGAUUUCAAAUCUCUAGAGCCUCAUCUCAUCAGGCUCGAGAAGCACCUAACCCUACGAACGUACCUUGCUGGAUACACUUUGAGUGAGCUUGACACCAAAAUCUGGCUUGCGAUCAAAAACAAUCGAGUCGCUAUCUCUUUCGUCCGCAAGGGAUCCUAUGUUAAUCUCCACCGAUGGUUUAUCUAUAUCGAACAAACCCACCCAGAAAUCCAAGCCGAUGUCAAGGCCGCUGAUACGGCGCGCAAGGCCAAGGUCCAAGCAGCUAGUCGAGCUGGAGCAAGCUACAACCUAGCUUUGCAGGAAACAGACAAAGGCGUUGUUACUCGUUUCUUGCCCGAGCCAUCAGGAUAUCUUCACAUUGGACACGCCAAAGCUGCCCUCCUCAGUGAUUACUUCGCACACCAAGCCUAUAAUGGUACGCUCCGCCUAAGGCUCGACGACACAAACCCGAGCAAAGAGAAGGAGGAGUACCAAGAUGCUAUCAUCGAGGAUCUUGCUCUUAUGGGAAUCAAGCCGGAUGUAGUCACUUAUACCUCUGACUACUUCGACCAUCUUUACGACACGUGCCUUGGUCUCAUCAAGAGCGGAAACGCCUAUGCUGAUGACACGGAUGUUGAGACCAUGCGCGAGGAGAGAGGAAAGGGUAUCGCAUCCAAGAGACGGGACCGGACAGUGGAGGAGAACCUGGCCAUUUUCGAUGCCAUGAAGAUUGGCACUGAGGAGGGGUUAAAGAACUGCAUUCGAGCCAAAAUAUCCGUGGACAACCCCAAUAAGGCGAUGCGCGAUCCUGUCAUCUACAGAUGCAACCCCAAUGACCCCCACCACAGAACGGGUACCAAAUGGAAAAUGUACCCGACUUAUGAUCUUGCGUGCCCCGUUGUUGACAGCUUGGAGGGAGUCACACAUGCCCUCAGGUCCACGGAGUAUACGGACCGAAACCCCCAGUUCCAAUGGUUCCUCGACACGCUCAAGCUGCGACAAGUCUACAUGUGGGACUUUGCCCGCAUGAACUUCAUCCGAACGUUCCUUUCUAAGCGGAAGCUGGCGAAAUUGGUCGAUGCCGGCCGAGUAUGGGGUUGGGAUGACCCGCGAAUGCCUACCAUUCGCGGUAUCCGAAGACGAGGAAUGACAAUCGCUGCGCUGCGCGAUUUUAUUCUCAAGCAAGGGCCGUCCCGAAAUGUGGUCUCAAUGGACUGGGCUGCCUUCUGGGCCACGAACAAAAAGGAAAUUGACCCUGUUGCGCCACGACACACCGCCAUUCUCAAGAAGGACCAUGCCAAAGUAGCCAUUAUGGGUGAUGACGCCCCUGCCGAGCCACGUACCGAGGACAAACCGCUCCACCCCAAGAACCCUGCUGUCGGUACAAAGAAGGUAGCGUUCAGCAAAGAAUUGAUUCUGGACCAGGCCGAUGCCAAGUCGUUCAAGGACAACGAAGAGAUCACUCUAAUGCAAUGGGGUAAUGCUUUCGUCAGAGCCGUCGCCAGCGGUGACCCAAUUACAAGCUUAACUUGCGAGCUCAAUCUCAAAGGCGACGUGCGCUCUACAGAUAAGAAGGUCACGUGGCUCUCGACACAGGGGCAGAAGCUCAUCGAUGCGGAGCUAUGGGACUUCGAUUAUCUAAUCACGAAGGACAAACUAGAGGAGGAAGACGAUCUCGAGAAAUUCCUCACUCCAACCACAGCCACUAUGGAGGAGGCAUUCUGCGACGAAGGAGUUGCCAAGCUCAAGCAGGACGAUAUCAUCCAGUUGGAGCGCAGGGGUUAUUACCGGGUAGAUAAGGCAUACGAUGAGGGUGGUGAGAAGAAGGUUGUGCUGUUCUGCAUCCCAACUGGAAAGAACAAAUAGAUGGACGCUACGUUUAUGUCUGACUGUUGGUAAUUCUAAGAUUCGAGAAAGACUGAAGGAUGGGAAUGCAAAAGUUGGUCGAUAAUAGACAUAAUCAAGUUAUUUGAUAGGUAUAUUUGAGCCUAAUUAUGAUCACGAGGUUUUUUUAACCAAGAGUAAGCAAGUACAAUGCAAGCAGAGUAC